GGAUUGUAAAUGCGCCAUGACUGUCUGAUCGGAUCUUAUUGCAAAGCUGAGUGUUGGUGCGAUUUCAGGCCUGUACAAUUUAGCUUAUAACAUUCACUAAACAACAAAACACAGCAAACCAAGAUGGAGUACGAGUGGAAACCAGACGAGCAAGGACUUCAGCAAAUUCUACAGCUUCUGAAAGAGUCCCAGUCUCCGGAUACCUCCACACAACGAACCGUCCAGCAAAAACUUGAGCAGCUGAAUCAUUAUCCUGACUUCAACAACUACUUGAUCUUUGUCUUAACAAAGUUGAAAUCCGAAGAUGAACCCACCAGAUCCCUUAGCGGUCUGAUUCUGAAAAACAAUGUGAAGACACAUUUUCACAACUUUCCAAAUGGGGUGUCGGACUUCAUAAAAAACGAGUGUCUAAAAAACAUUGGAGACACAUCGCCGUUGAUCAGAGCCACAGUGGGUAUUUUGAUUACAACUAUUGCCUCAAAGGGAGAGCUACAGAAUUGGCCAGAACUCCUUCCCAAGCUGUGUGUGCUUUUAGACUCUGAGGAUUACAGUACCUGUGAAGGAGCAUUUGGAGCGCUUCAGAAGAUCUGUGAAGAUUCAGCUGAAAUUCUGGACAGUGAUAUUCUUGACCGACCACUCAAUAUCAUGAUACCAAAGUUCUUGCAGUUCUUUAAACACAGCAGUCCAAAAAUUAGGUCCCAUGCUGUUGCCUGUGUCAACCAGUUUAUCAUUAGUAGAACUCAGGCCCUUAUGUUACAUAUUGAUUCUUUUAUUGAGAAUCUGUUUGCACUGGCCACUGACGAAGAGCCUGAGGUCCGUAAGAAUGUGUGCCGCGCCCUGGUGAUGCUGCUGGAAGUUCGGAUGGAUCGGCUGCUUCCUCACAUGCACAACAUUGUGGAGUACAUGUUGCAAAGAACCCAGGACCAAGAUGAGAAUGUAGCUUUGGAGGCUUGUGAGUUUUGGUUGACACUAGCUGAGCAGCCGGUCUGUAAAGAAGUGCUUUGUGUACACCUUUCGAAGUUAAUCCCUGUUCUUGUAAAUGGUAUGAAGUACUCUGAAAUUGACAUUAUUCUGCUCAAGGGAGACGUGGAGGAGGAUGAAGCGAUUCCGGACAGCGAGCAAGACAUCCGGCCCCGUUUCCACCGAUCUCGCACCGUGGCACAGCAGCACGAGGCAGAAGGCAUCGAGGAGGAUGACGAUGAUGACGACGAACUUGAUGAUGACGACACUAUUUCCGACUGGAAUUUGAGGAAAUGUUCUGCAGCUGCACUGGAUGUCCUUGCUAAUGUGUUCCGGGACGAGCUCCUGCCUCACCUCCUCCCUCUGCUGAAGGAGCUGCUCUUCCACCCCGAAUGGGUGAUCAAGGAGUCCGGCAUCUUGGUUCUGGGAGCCAUCGCUGAAGGCUGCAUGCAGGGUAUGAUCCUGUAUCUCCCGGAGCUUAUCCCCCACCUCGUUCAGUGCCUGUCUGACAAGAAGGCUCUUGUCCGCUCCAUUACAUGCUGGACCCUUAGCCGCUAUGCACACUGGGUUGUCAGUCAGCCCCCAGAUACCUACCUGAAGCCGCUAAUGACCGAACUGCUGAAACGCAUCCUGGACGGCAACAAGCGAGUACAGGAAGCAGCCUGCAGUGCCUUUGCUACACUAGAAGAGGAGGCCUGUACGGAGUUAGUGCCCUACCUCGGUUAUAUACUCGACACCCUUGUAUUCGCUUUUAGCAAAUACCAGCACAAGAACCUUCUCAUCCUGUAUGAUGCUAUAGGCACUCUUGCUGACUCAGUAGGCCACCAUUUGAACAAACCAGAGUACAUAGAGAUGCUGAUGCCGCCUCUCAUCCAGAAAUGGAAUCAGCUGAAGGAUGAAGACAAGGAUCUAUUUCCUUUGCUAGAGUGCCUGUCUUCAGUUGCCACUGCCCUGCAGUCUGGCUUCCUCCCAUACUGUGAGCCUGUGUACCAGCGCUGUGUGAACCUGGUACAGAAAACUCUAGCACAAGCCAUGCUGCACAACGCCCAGCCGGAUCAGUAUGAAGUGCCAGACAAAGAUUUUAUGAUUGUAGCUCUUGAUUUGCUCAGUGGCCUUGCUGAAGGACUUGGUGGCAACAUCGAGCAACUGGUGGCGCGCAGCAAUAUUCUGACAUUGAUGUAUCAGUGUAUGCAGGAUAAAAUGCCAGAGGUCCGGCAGAGUUCCUUUGCCUUGUUGGGUGAUCUAACCAAGGCAUGUUUCCAGCAUGUCAAGCCAUGCAUUGCUGAUUUCAUGCCAAUUUUGGGCACUAACCUCAAUCCUGAAUUAAUUUCUGUGUGCAACAAUGCUACAUGGGCGAUUGGUGAGAUUUCAAUUCAGAUGGGUGCUGAAAUGCAGCCAUACAUUUCUAUGGUGUUACAUCAGCUGGUGGAGAUCAUCAACAGACCCAAUACACCAAAGACAUUAUUGGAAAAUACAGCAAUAACAAUUGGUCGUCUUGGUUACGUUUGUCCUCAAGAGGUGGCUCCCAUGCUACAGCAGUUUAUAAGACCCUGGUGUACUUCACUACGUAAUAUACGGGACAAUGAAGAAAAAGAUUCAGCAUUUCGGGGAAUCUGCACAAUGAUCAGUGCCAACCCAGGAGGUGUUGUGCAGGAUUUCAUAUUUUUCUGUGACGCUGUAGCCUCCUGGGUUAGUCCGAAGGAUGAUCUGCGAGAUAUGUUCUGUAAGAUCUUACAUGGAUUUAAAAACCAGGUUGGAGAUGAAAACUGGAAGCGAUUUUCAGACCAGUUUCCACUUCCUCUGAAGGAACGCCUUGCAGCAUACUAUGGAGUGUAACAGCAUGGUCUGUAGGAGCAGUAAUUGGGGUCUUUCACUCUGGGAGACAACGGGGAGCCUCUGCACCCAGGGAAAAUGUUACCCUUUACUGGGGGGGAAGGGUAGACCAGGGGGGACAUACAGUACGAUCCCAACCCAUCUGGGCGGGGUGGGAGGGAGGUGUUAGCCGUCGCACUGUUCAGCUGACUGGGGAACACCUGGAGCAAUUGAGGGAGGAAAUUUAGUCUUUUUACAGCUCAAUAUUGGAAUAAGAAGCAAAUGAAGAUAUGUUGUCCAAUACCUAUAUAGCACAUUGUUUUAAAAAAGUAAAUAAAUAAAAAAUCCUCGGGGAUACCUUUAAAAGUUUUCUAGACAAUAUUGGCUUUAAAGUAUAGGGUUAAGUGCUUAUCGUUUAAAAAUAAAUACAUAAAUAGCACACUGUAAAAGCCUAAGAUGGGAUUCUAAAUAGCAUUGACUGCAUUUAAAAUAAACCUAGACGUAGGCAUGGGGAAUUCCAGAAAAUUGCAUGGUAUGAAGAAUACUCAAUAAGUAAAAGCAGUUUCACAAGUUCAGUUACAUACUGUACGUCAUCAGUGGGCACCUGUUAUUAAAUUUGGUAGAUGGAACAAAUUAAAUGGUAGAACUAAUGUGUUAAGACCAACAGCCUAGCCAGAAGCCUAAUUAGUCAGUUUAGUGUCUUAACUAGUUUUUGCAUAUCAAGGUAAAUACAAUUGGCAUAUAUUGCAUACUCCUCAAAUACUAUAGAGAUGAUUUUGGAGGGGUGGGGGCUAUUUAUUUAUUUUAGACCAAUACUUUUUGUCAACGUACAGUUUGAGGUAAAGACAUGCAUUUUUAUUUCUUGAGUUGUUUUAUGGGAAGAGUAGCAUGCUUGCAGCAAGAGUGGGAAUGGUAUACAUUUUACAUAUACUGCAACUGUUUUGUGUUUCAGUUGAAAAGUACAUAGCCCUACAUUAAAAAUAAAAUUAAAAUAAGAAAAACAAAGAAGAGUUUAAUUUCUGUUAAGGAUAUAGGUUUAAGUCCUGUAGUUAAGAUAAGGCCUUGAAAUCUCAUUAGGACUCGUUAGGAUUAACGUUGAUAUAGUACUGUGUAUCAUGCACAUUGUGGAAAGCCGAUAUACCUGUGCAAUCUUUGCUUCUGUGCUGUUAACGUGAUGUUCUUUCUGCAUGGACAUAAUACUAGUGAAUUUACCAGAUUUUCUGAAAUUAUAAAGAGCCAUGUCAUUAGUAGCACUGUUAAGGGCUUGUGUUAAACAUCAGAUGGAAUCUAAUAAGGAAGAUUUGUACAAGUUCAUGACCUGUUUGCUAUACUUCAGUGUUUAUUCCUACUCAGUUUGUUAAUUUUCUUUUUAAUUGCAUUUUUGUUCAAAGCAUGAUCUUAAAGGUGUUUAUGAUUCAUUUAAUGGAUGUCAUAAACAAGGUCCUGGAAGCCUUGGUCUGUGCAUGUUGGUGGCCCGUCGUACCCCAGCUCAAUGCGAAAGGGUACAAGCUACAGGGUGGAACUUUUUAAUCCUUUUUAUUUCCUGUUUCAUCAGAUCAUCUUUGUUGUUGUUUACUUUCCAAGUCUUUCAGUCUGUUUAAGAAUAAACCUGUGUUUAUUUAACCUUUCCCCUCCCCUUAAUGUGUAUUUUGUAUUGUUUUAUACUGUGACUCUGGAAACGGAUGUGGUACAUGUUUUAUUGUUGCUUGGAUUCCCUGAAAGUAUCCCAUGCUGAAUAUAG